UGUCCAGGUGUUGCCUGUGUGUGUGUGUGUGCGUGGGGAGAAGAGGUCUAGUCACUAGUUUAUCUGCGUUCAGUGGCCUAACGUUAACACGCGCUGCCUCCGCCUGAAAUGCCGCCCUUUCGUCCUCCGGUGUCGCUUCCUCUUCCUCCUCCAUCACCAUCAUCAUCGUCGUCUCGCAGAGACUGAGGCGGGAGCAGCGUCAACAUGAACAGCGACACGGGGAUCACUGUUUGAGCCGUGUGUGGAUACCUCGAGCGCGGGGGGGAACAGCUAGCUGCGAGGCUAACCGCUCCAGACACCCGCCAGAGGCUGCGGAUCUGUGGGGUUCGCGGAGCACCAUGGCCGGGCUCAUCAAGAAGCAGAUCCUGAAGCAUCUGUCCAGGUUUGCCAAGAACCUGUCGCCAGACAAGAUCAACCUCAGCACGCUGAAGGGGGAGGGCCAGCUCACCAACCUGGAGCUGGAUGAGGAGGUUCUUCAGAACCUGCUGGACCUGCCCACAUGGCUGGCCAUCAACCGUGUGGAAUGCAACAAGGCCGCCAUCCGGAUACCAUGGACAAAGUUGAAGACUCACCCGAUCUCACUGACCCUGGAUAAAGUAGUGAUGGAGAUGAGCACCUGUGAUGAGCCCCGCCCCCCCAACGGUCCGUCUCCCAUAGCAACAGCAUCUGGACAAAGUGAAUACGGCUUUGCUGAAAAAGUGGUGGAGGGGAUUUCGCUGUCGAUCAACUCCAUAGUGAUCAGGAUCAGUGCCAAGGCCUUCAACGCCUCCUUUGAGCUCUCCCAGCUGCAGGUCUACAGCGUCAACACCAGCUGGAGCAUCAGCGACCUGCGCUUCACCCGCAUCCAGGACCCUCAGAGGGGAGAGAUGCUGACGUUUAAGGAGAUCAGUUGGCAGAUGAUCCGCAUCGAGGCCGACGCCAUCCAGAGCGCUGAGCACGACAUGCUGAGCGCUCCCAUCCGCCUCAUCACCAACCAGUCCAGGAUACGAGUCACGCUCAAGAGACGGAUAAAAGACUGUAACGUGGUGGCCUCCAAGCUGAUUCUGAUCCUGGACGACCUGCUGUGGGUGCUGACAGACUCCCAGCUCAAAGCCAUGGUGCAGUAUGCCAAGUCCCUCAGUGAGUCCAUGGAGAAGUCUGCUCAGCAGAGGAAGAGCAUGGCCACAGAGGACCAGGUGUCACCGGCGCCACCUUCAGCCCAGCAGGUGCGAACGCAGCAGGCGUCCACGGCCUCUGACCAGAGCGCGACGAUGGCCAAGCUUUUCAGCGCCUACGACGUCUGUGAAACGUCUCAUCAUCUGCAGAUCAGGAAUCUGGACCUGCACAUCUGUGACGAUAUCCACGCAAAGGACAAAGUGAUCAACAAAAGGAUAACGGGAGGAGCCAUGCAGCUCUCCUUCAGCUCUAUCACUCUGGACUAUUAUCCUUUCCACAGAGCAGGUGAAAGCUGCGUGCACUGGAUGCACUACAGCGAAGCCACCAAAACCAGAGAGGGCUGGGCACGGAACCUUCUCCAUGAGUUCAAGUCCAAAGUGGACAUGUUAAAGACGGCAGCUCGAGAUCAGCCGGGAGCUGCUCAUGGUUCCCCACAGCACGGUAAAAUUAACACCUCGUCCACCAGUUCCUUCACUCCUCCACCUGCUCCUCAAACACUCAAGACCCAGCUCAUGUCCAGCUCCUUUGUUCUCAGGAUUGCUGACUUCAGCAUCUACCAGGUGUCCACAGCAGACCAGCCUCGCUCCAGCCCCAAAACCAUGAUUUCCUGUAACAAGAAGUCCUUGUACCUUCCUCCAGAGAUGCCAGCCGUCCACGUGGAGUUCACAGAGUAUUACUACCCUGAUGGAAAAGACUCUCUCAUCCCGUGUCCUAACCUGUACGCCCAGCUCAACGCCCUGCAGCUCGUCCUGGACCCUCGCAGCCUGGUGUGGCUCAACCUGUUUGCCCUGGACCUGCGGCAGAGUCUGGAGCAGUUCAUGGAGCUUUACAAGCUCAACGACUCACAGAAACCCGACGAGCACGUCGACAUCAAGGUCGACGGCCUCAUGCUCAAGCUGGUGAUCCCCACAGACCCUGACGCCUCGUGUCCUCCCGACCUGCCGCGCUCCGUCUCCGUGCAGACUUCAGAAAUGGUGGCCACGAACACGCGUCACCCUGCCAACUGCACGCGUGCACACCUGGAGGCGCUGCUGCAGGCGUUUGAAGAGGAGCCCUUCUUCUCUUCCUUUUUCGCCUCUUUCCCUCGCUCCUCUUCGUCCGUCACCCUCCUCCACCCCGUCUUUCACCGCCACGCUCACGAACAGGACACCAAGCUCCCUGACGUUUACCGGGGCCUCGCGGUGCCGACGAUGGGCGCGGACGCCCUGAAGAUGCCGGCUGCGACUGACCUUUGGGCGCUGCACUUUGCCCAGUUCUGGGUGGACUACGAAGGCACCCGUGGAGGCAAAGGGCGGCCUCAGCCUUUUGUGGACUCCUUCCCUCUCACCGUGUGGGCCUGUCAGCCAUCCAAGCUCAUCCAGCACCAGGAGAAGCUGAGAGGUGCUGCUGGAUCAGGUCUGUGCAGGAGUACAUCAGCAGAGGCUGUCGCUCGCCAGCAGAGGAAACGCUUACUGAAGGAGUUUUACAGUUCUGAUGAUGCAACGCCAACAUCUCACAGCACUGAUGAUGCAACACCACCUACUAAUGGACUCCAUGCACCGCUCACACGGGACACUCUGCCUCCUUCCUCCUCCUCCUCCUCCUCCUCCUUGUCAUCAAAUAAAGAUGCAGAUGUGCAUGUGUUGGUGCACGUGCAGAAACAUUUAAGUGCUCAGGUGAGCCACAGGCAGUAUGUGUUCCUGAUGCAGCUUCAGCGCAGCAUCAAAGCUCUGCAGCAGACUCUACAGCAGGACUUGGAAGAGAUGGGUUCCAAAAGAGAACGAAAAGCUCCUCCUUCCCAGUGUCCCUCAGACCACCAGCCGUUCACCGUGUGCCUGGGCCUCCUGCUGAAGAGCGCGGAGGUGGCCCUGCUCCUGAAGCCUGUCCCCCAGCCUGAAGGAUCCAGCUCUCCUCCUGUCUCUGAGCUCUCGCCUUCAGAGAGCAGAGGAACUUUGGCGCCUGGAAGUGAUUCUGGAGAGCGAGCGGAGAAAAAGGGGAAGGGAAGUGAAGGCUGUGGCUCUGAUGGAGCGGCAGCCAAAGGUUCGUGCACUGUAGAUCAGCUGUUGUGUGGCGAUGGCCCAGAAGGCGGAGCCACACAGGGUCCUGCCCCCCUCGUCCCCACCUCCACCUCUGCUAUGCAUCCUGACUCCAAUCACAGAACCUCGCUGGAGGAACGGACUUCAGCUAAGACACCAGGGAGGUGGAGCUCCAGUGAAGGGGGUGUGGCCAUGGUGGAUGGAUUGGCCGCGGCGGAUGGGAUCGGUGCUGGACUGGACUCUAAAACACAGACGAGUGACCCUCUGUCUGAGCCACUGAGCAGAGAAUGGAGCGACAAAGACAAGGCUGCAGCUGUGAAGAUGCCUCAGUCGAUAUCCAGGAAAGGGAGUUUGUCUGUGCUCUCUGAUCUCGUCAGCUCUUCAAACUCCGGCAGAUCCACCUCCCUUUAUUCUGUGUCCAACAUUGGUCGACUGAUGCGUGACCGCUCCCAGUCCAGUUUCUCUGUGUCUUAUAAGAACAUGAAGAAGAGUCCGUCCCUGCAGUCGCUCGACAACAUCUCCAUCGACAGUUAUCUGAUGGAAGAUGGAGACGCCUACAGCCUGCUGGAGAGAGAUGACGUGUCCAUCUCGGGCUUCAAAGACACCGUCAGUGAACCCAGCGCCACAGAGGGUCAGGAGCAGGAGGGGGGCGUGUCCCCGGACACCGUCAGUGCAGCCUCGCAGAGCAUUGACGAGCCCACCAAAGAUAUGGUGUCGGUGCUGGUGUUAAAGGUGCAGUCUGUGUGCGUGAGCAUGGAGGCGGUGGGUGAGAGCGCCGCCGUGGCUCUGGAGGUCGGUCACGUCACACCCAGUCAGCUGGGCAACGUCAGCCUCAGACAGUACCUCAGCAACCGCAGCCUCGGUGUGCUGUGUUCAGUACCUGCUCAAAGCAGCCAAGCCGGUGCAGAGCUCGGCUCCGCCUCCCUCGGUGAUUCCCACAGUCCGGAGGUCCAGGCGCGUCUGGAGAGUGGGCCGCGGGCCGCCGCCCACUCCCCGCUGGCUGAACGUAACGGUUUCCUGCAGCUGCAUCUCCACGGGUACGAGGCCAGCUUCCUGAUGUCCACGCUGCGUAACCUGGCUCACUUCAUGGAGGACGACUCUGCGCCGCAGGUGCUGCCCAUGGAGAUCAGCAUCAGGGACACACACAUCCACUUACAGGAUGACGAUCAAGUCAAUCUACCAGACUCUGAGUCGUCUCCCAUCACGCUACACGUGGACAGUCUCAUCAUCCACAGAAGAGACAACGGCUCUUUCUCUGUAGGAGUGGACGCAGAGGCCAAACCCAGACAACAGGGAGGGCUGAACUCUUUGACUCCCAUCCCUGAGGCUGUGGGCGUCGUCUGCAUCACAUCAAAGGCUACACAGACUCAAGCUCCGCCCACCAGCCCUCGUCCAUCUGCCAGAGAAAAGAUGCUGAUGGAGGAGAACGAGUGUCUGAAGGUGGAGUUGUCUCGAGCCAAGAUGGCGCUGGCUGAGGCUCAGAUGGAGAAGGACUCGCUCAUUCACCGCAUGAAGAACCUCAAAGUCAACAGCACUUAAACUCUGCAGCCAUGACGACUGACACCGGGGGGCGCCGGCGAGCCAGCGAGGCUUUAUCAAAGUGAUUCAACAAGUCAAGAAAAGGGAUUUGUUCUCACUUAACGACUUUAGACUUUAACGAGUCUGAGAGAAGACUCAGACACCUGUGUUUACCUGUUUGUUUGUUUGUUUGUUUGUUUCCACUGUGGACGGAGGAUUCACAUGUUUGGAGUGAGAGGACCGGACGAGCGCGGUGAUGAUGACAAAGAGCUCAUUUCCUGUGUGCUGGGCUGACUCACACCAACCAAUCACAGACCAGGAGGAGCAAACAGGAAGCAGAAGAGGAAUAACUGCAGCAUCUGUGUUACCAUAGAAACCAUACCAUAGAGGUUCAUCUGGAGACAUGAACUAAAUGAAGCCUGACUUCACCGAUCGUCCCCCUCUGACCCUGACCACGGCGUUUUCUUUCAUUAAAGUUUCACCAUCAAAUCUCAGAGUUCGAAUCCAGGAUUUAGCCACGCCCCCAGUGUGACCACGUCCUGCCAUGUCCUACUCAAAAAGAUGGAGAAUCAAACGAAAUCAAUGGUGACGGCCAUAAUACUCUGCACCUUCAUAUAAUAGAAUACAUAUUUGACCAGAGUAAUAACAGACAGUACCAUGUUCUAACUGUCGGGGGCGCCCAUGAGUGCAAGUCCCACAUCGUGUGACUAAAAGUCAAAAAACAAGUCAGUUAUGACUCCUGCUGGUGUUUUACUCCCCGUCACUGCUCCUCUUCCUCCUCCUCCUCCUCCUCCUCUUCUUCUAAUAAUAAUGAUAUUAAUAAUGAUCGUGCUGCCCUCUACAAUUUCAGAUGCUCGGUGUUCGAUCGUCUGAACUCAGAAAGAGGAAGAAGAAUAAACCCUAACCCCGCCCACAUUUCUGCUGUCAAAGUUAAUUUAAAUCAACAAGAACAAAAACACCAGAGCAGCUAAUAAUUGUAGACGAGCUUAAUGUAGAAGAACUCUGAAUGUCCAAUCUUUGCAGGAAUGUUUUUGCACAAACGGAAACUUUCAUAUUCACACGAGUGUUUGUUGUACGGGAGUUUUCUACACAACUUUGAAUGGAUAUGCAGUGUUUCUGUGUGUGUGUGUGUGUGCGUGUGUGCGUGUGUGCAUGUGUGUGUCAGCCAGAACAAGCAUUUCAUUACAACUCGAGGAUGAACUUCCUGUCUCUGUCCCUCCUAUUUUUCUACGUGUAAAUACGUGCAGCACUUUUGAAAUCCGAGGCACUGUAAAAGCAACAAAAACAACUACGCACACACACACUCACACACGGACACACACACUCGCUGAAGCUGACUGUGUCUUUAUGUCAUGGACAAGAAUUGACCACAUUUGCUGCUGCUGUUCAUGCUUUUUGACGACGUCAGGAGGGAAAACUCUCCAGUCAUUUUAUUAUUAUUAUUUUUAUUAUUAUUAUUAUUAUUAUUAUCAUAAUAUA